AUGAUUCGAGGAGAUGAUUUGGGCGAAAGUACACCUGAUAAUGGCUGGGGUCCAAGACGUCCGACGGCCGGCCGUUCUCGAAAAUGGCCAACGGUUGUGCUAGAGGUUGGAGUCUCCCAGGGGAAAUCAAAGCUGGAGGAGGACGCGCGUUUCUGGCUUGAGGAGUCAGAAGGCGAGGUCAAAAUCUCCCCAACAAUAUCAGUGGGUCGACGAAUUCCGGAGAUCGUGCUAGAAAAGUGGAAGGUCAGGAACGGAAAGCCAGCAAUGGCACAGAAGGUGACAGUCUGGCGACAGAAUCAAGACAUCUUGUUCGAUAACGAGGCCCUCGUUAUUGAAAUUGAGGAUCUCUUCUUGCGAGAAGCAGACAACCCUCUGGAAGUCAACAUUGAGUUCGACCAGGGUAGUCUGCGGCGUCUUGCCGAGAACAUCUGGCUGGAGCAGGGUUUCAUGGAAGUGGUGCGAGCUUAA